AUGCUGAAGGCAUCCAUCAGUCAGCACAUAGAUGGCUUGUUCGAAGCUCUUGGGGUGUGGGGAACGUACCAAGUUCUACAGAUCAUCAUUGUUGAAAGUUUGGCUCUGUCAGCGUCUCACGAACUGUUCUCCAUCCUGUAUAUAGGCUACCAGCCCCCCGUUCGCUGCAAAGGGCUUGAGAACGUAUCCAUGACAGACGACUUCAACAACCUGACCGAUUAUGGAACGUUCUACAAAAGCUGUAAUGACGUGGUGGAUGUCGUCAACGGGUCACAUGUUACUGGCUCGUGCUCACGAGGUUAUGAAUACAACCAACCAAAGCAAGCCACGUUUGUCAGUGAGUGGGAUUUAGUGUGUGGGCGAAGUUACCAGGCUCAGCUUCCACAGAUGCUGCUGAUUGGUGGACAGUUGUUCGGAGCCUCGUUUUUCACGUCAAUGGCCGAUAGAUUUGGGCGCCGGAAGAUUUGUUUCCUGAGUCAGCUGGGCUUACUUCUCAUCUCUGUCGGUACCGCAUUCAGCCCUUCACUUAUCGUUCUGGCCACAUUGCGCUUCUUCACUGGUUCUUUCCAGCAGGGCGUGGUCAUGUCGUUUUCCGUGAUUCCGCUAGAAGUCAUGCCGACAAAGAACAGGGCACUAUGCUUCCUUAUAAUAGGCACAUUCUGGCCCAUCUGUCUACAGGUCCUCAACGGUAUUGGCUACGCCUUCCGGUUCACCAGCUGGCGUCAUAUGCAGCUGUCCAUUAGUGGUGUUAUCCUUCUCGUCUUUAUACCUAAUCUGAUAUUCUUAAAGGAAACACUGAGAUGGUUGUUUGCAAAUGGAAGAACGGAAGAUGCAAAGGAAAUCAUCAAAAAGGCUAUCCGCAUGAACAAGGCGCCAGAAACAGAGGUCUGGGAACAGGCGACCAGGUGCAUAGCUGAGAGUGAACGAUCUUGGCAACGCGCGCAGAAAGAAACAGAGUUAUCCGCUCUUGGUUCACCAGGCACGGCAGUUGGUCUCUCUUUGAAUGGCUACGGAUCUGAAAAACCAUUGUCCAUUAUUGAUAUAUUUAAAAUUCCACGUCUUCGGUGCACCGCCUUAAUAAUGUUUUUCGUUUGGAUUGUGAACGCCCUGACACACUUUGGGCUGGUCUUGACCUCCGCAAAACUGGCCGGGAACAGAUUCAUCAACUAUAUCCUAGUCAGUAUGGACAUGCUACCAGCUAGUUUUAUAGCCUACUUUAUUCUUAUAAGGUUUGGGAGAAAGCCUGCCUGCUGCUCUUUCCACGCCAUUGUUGGAGUUUGUUUGGUCGUGGCGGCUCUGGUACAAGGGUUUGGUGGUCAAGAAUUUUCAACGAUCGUAACGGUGUUUACAAUCCUGGGGAAGUUCGGUAACUCUGCCUCGUUCGUCAUUCUUUUCCUUUAUACACCAGAACUGUAUCCCACAAACCUCAGGAGCUUUGGCCUGGGAUUUGCUUCGUCAGCUUCCAGACUCGGUGGCAUGUUGGCGCCCUUUUCAAAUUUAGUGAUGGAUUACAUACCGUGGGCUCCCGGAACUGUGUAUGGAAUCUGCUCUCUGCUCGCUUGUCUCCUGAUCAUGCUUUUACCAGAGACUCUGAACAGACAACUGCCACAAACCGUGGAGGAGAUCAACGCCUGGAACGGACCUUCAAUCUGCCGAAGAAAGACUUCAGAAUCCGAGUAG